GAGAGAGAGAGAGAGAGAGAGAGAGAGAGAGAGAGAGAGAGAGCUUAUAUAACACCAGCUCUGGGAAAUGCUGGAGAGCCGAGGAGACCUUCACUGGACAGCAAGCGGGGAAAACAGCGAUCACAACGGCCAUAAACUGAUGAGUGGUCGCACAACAUAAGGAUGCCAUGCGUACCACGCCGCCGCUGAAGCUUUUCCCCGAGGAUCAUCCUGGAGUCAGUGGCCACAGCCUUGGAUAUUAAACUCUGUUGUGACACAUCCAUUGUUCCACUGCUGCCAUUGGACUCCGUGGCGGUGAAGGACCCAGACACAAUGUCUACGACAUUGCCAGAUGCUGCAGGUCUUUCCAAGAUUAUGAAGUUGUAAGUGGGUUACAGAUCUCCUCACCCCUAAUCCAUGAAAUGGCCUUCCACUAAGGUGAGAGACAGGAAACAGAAUGGUGGCGCCUCUCUACAGACUGCACUGCUUCUUGAAGCGGGCUCAGAUGCUGUUGCUCUGCCUUGGCAUCGCCUAUCUGAUGGCAGGCAGCAUCCUGCUCCUGCAGCGUUCCAGCGUCAGAGUGGCCCAGCCGAACCUCGCCAGCCUGCCGCCACUGCUGUCCCUCGCAGCGCCUCCUAUUGCCCUCAGGACUGCAGGCCUGGGCGUGAGGGCACGCUCCAGAUGGGCCGCCAUUCAGCCUGUGUCCGGAGGGGGAGCCAAGGCAGGGCGACACUGGCCCGCUUCCCAAAGCCUCGGGGUCCAACACUUGCAUCGCCGCUGGUUUCAUAAUCUGCUGCCAGAGAGUCCAGAGCAGAGAGUCUCUCUCCACAGGAGCAGCAGGCAUAAAGGAACCUACAUCGGUUGCUUUUUGCACAAUGCCAGCGACCGAGCCCUGGGAGGAACCAUGCUUUAUGACCUGCGCAAAAUGACCAGCUCUCUGUGUCAAGACACCUGCUCAGAAAGUGGGUACCAGUUUGCAGGUCUGGAGUAUGGAGCUGAAUGCCACUGCGGAAACCGGAUCAGUAGCCCACGGGCUCCCGAGGAGGAUUGCAGUCUGGUGUGUCGCGGUGAUAGGGGGUCUCCGUGUGGCGGCGUGGGUCGACUCUCCAUUUACAAGGUGGAGGAGCAGCUGCCGGGUCACAGGAAAUUCAGAAACGUUCACUACCGCGGUUGCUUCAAGUUGCCGAAGAGCACCAUCAGCACCUUCCCUGUCUAUUCCUCUCAGCCCAACCUAACCACGCAGUCCUGCAUUGAGACCUGCACAGAUAAGGAGCUCCCGCUGGCUGUGUUCAAGAAGCCCCACUGUUUCUGUACCUGGACGUCCUCUCUGUUCAGUCUCAACCAGCAGACUGACAACCAGCAGUGUGUGGGGAACCUCACCAGCACCUCCACACCCACAGCACCCACUGAGCUUGACUACCACUACCAGGUGUAUCACACACCUGUGCUUGACUCCAGGUGCAAAGAGAGGAUGUUUCUGCCUCAGAGAUCCAACUCCCUGGUGGCUCUUUCCAGUUUUCCUGGCGCAGGCAACACCUGGGUACGCCACCUGAUCGAGCUCGCGACCGGCUACUACACUGGCAGCUUCUAUUUCGACGGCACGCUUUACAACAGAGGUUUCAAAGGAGAGAAGGACUACUGGAAGAGUGGCCGCAGCAUCUGUGUAAAGACCCACGAGAGUGGUCAGAAAGAGAUUGAGAUGUUCGAUUCUGCCAUCCUGCUGAUUCGAAACCCUUACCGCUCCCUUGUGGCUGAAUUCAACCGCAAGUGUGCCGGACAUUUAGGACACGCUACAGACGCACAAUGGAAAAGCAAAGAAUGGCCAGAAUUUGUCUCCAGCUACGCCCCCUGGUGGGCAUCCCACACUCUGAGCUGGCUGAAGUUUGGACGGCGCCUGCUGGUGGUGCAUUAUGAGGAGCUGCAGAAGUCUCUCCUCCCACAGCUCCGUCUCAUCACAGCCUUUCUAAACGUCACUAUGACCGAGGAGAGGCUGCUUUGUGCCCAGAGCAACCAAGAUGGGCAUUUCAAGCGCUCUGGGGCCCCGCGGCCCUCCUUCGACCCGUUCACCCCUGAUAUGAGACAGAUGAUUGACCCCUUCAUUCACACUGUCGACCAGGCACUGCAGAGCAGGAACUUUAGCAGACUUCCACAGGAAUACCUCCCCAGAUGAUGGUCUGAAAAUGUCAUACACAGUCCUUUAAAUGACUGGCCCAGCGGGGGUUUGCGAGAGAGAAGUUCUUUACAGAGUGCUCUGUUGGGAACAGACACACACUGGUUGGUGUAAGUGGACCACCUGACUCUUUGAUAAGCCAGACACACUGUGAAUGGCUGUAGAGUCAUGGAAACACACUGGAGGUCAAUGGAGAAAACAUGACAAUUCAAUGUGAAAUCCAAUGGUGAACAGCGAUGAAAGCCUCAGGGCAGGCACUGCCUCUGAGAGCCGCAAAUAUGACAAAUACUCAGAGAGGAUUUGACGUGAUAUGUUGGCCUGCAGAGUUGGGAUUAUCUAGCAAAGUGCCCGACUGCACAAAUAUGAGUGUAAAUCCAGGAUGGACUCAUUUUGGUUGAAGAGGGUUCUCUGUGGCUUUAUAAUUUUACUUUAGUAGAUAUUGUGUUCAUAGCAUACAGUACAUCCAUGUUAAUAAAAAUGACAAGUCAUACUAACAUAGAUGAACAACCACAGCGUUAGCGUUAUCCACAUUACACUGAAUUUCUGUGGGAAUCCGCUGGUUGCUACAGGUUUGCAAUCAUGAUGGAUAAAAGCCUCAGAGUUGCCACAUGUGGCCGUAUGGACUCUCCAUGCAACUAGUUUGACUGCACAUGAACUCAGAAAUAUGUUUUGUGUUUUAUGCUUUAAACUGUAAAUGAAAUCCAGCUUGUUUCUAUCAGUAUUUUAUUUCAUUAAAUGCGAUCAGUUGUUUACACUUGAA